AUGUAUUCUUUAUAUGAAGAUUUACGUGAAGGUGUACCGAGAAAACGCAAUAACGAAGAAGAUAAAGAAGACAAUGCGUCUUGUACUUCUACUUCUUCGUCUCCAAGAUCAUUAAGUAUGGAGUCAGCAGGAUAUUAUUCCCCUGGUAGUGGAUCAAAGACACCAAGUCUUGAUCAAGUACCAAAAGUGCCAACAACAGAUGUGCUAAGUAUGAAAUCCGAGAGGUCAAGUUAUUCUCUGGAUGCAUCAAGUGUUGAAAGUUCGUCUAAGGAGGAAGAUGAUAGGCGUAGAGCAGUAGAGAAGCUCAUGAAAGAAACCGAUGAUAUAAGAGAUAGGUUGGGUGACAGUGGGACCAAACUCCCAAAUCAUGGAAAUAGCCCAAAUAGGUCUCCUUCAAAGAUGAAAGCUCUUGAAGACAGAUUAGAUAAUUUGAAGCUCGAGAUCGAUGCUUUGAACAAUCAUAAAAGUGAAAAUGAACAGGGUAGACAUGGUAGUUUUCAUAAAAGAAUCAAGGAGAAUUUAGGAUUGCAGUCUCUUGAUUUCACAUUCAGAGAAAAGGGAGAUGAUGUUAUCAAAAAUAUAGCUGAGUGUGAAAAGGCUCUCAAGGUUAAGCUUGAUGAUUCCAUACAUCAAGUCCAAAACUUGCAAAUGGAAGUUGAUUCUAUACGAUAUCAGAAUGAUGAAACGCGAAAAAGAAUCUCCUAUGAAAAAGAAAAAGAAGUCGAGUCAUUGAGGGUUCAAAAUCAAGAAUCGACACUGGAGCUCAAGAAAAAGACUAAAGAAGCCGCGGAUUCCCUUGAAAUGUUGCAUAGUUUGGAAGAGAAGUUAAAGGAGAAAACCAAAAGCGAAGAAGAUUUAAAAAGUAAAGUACACGACUUGGAGGUCGAGAUUGCGAAUAUGAACCAUCAAUGUUGUUUAUCGAAGGAAGAAAAUGAGAACCAAAGAAAUACAAUUUCCCAACUAGAAGAAAAUCUCCAAGAAAGAGAUGGCCGAAUUUCUACUCUGGAAUCGAAAAUUGAGAAUGUCAAGAGGGAGUUGACGAACAAAAUGAAAGCCCUCGAGCACAAGUUUAAAUCCUUGGAGAUCGACAAAGUUGAACUAGAAGGAAAAAACGACGUAUUAGCAGCAGCACUCGAGCAAAGAGACUUGUUGGUGAGCAAAUUGAACCAUGAGGCAAAAUCCAGUUUUAGAAGCACAGUCAAGAAAAUGGGAGAUAUGGUGGACGAAUUCAGAAAAAAAUCAGAGGAUAGUAUCCGUAUAUUGAGUAGGAGAAUCCGUGUGGCGGAGCAACUUCACAAUGAAACUCGAGAAUGGUACAAGAAAACUCGAGAAAAAAAUGAGCAAGAUAGAAGAGAUAACGAGUUAGCAUUUCGCAGCAUCAAGAUAAUAACAGCAAUGGUGAGUGACACGUUGAGCGCUUCCGAGACGAUUGGACUUCGGUUUAUUGAAUGUUGUGAAGAUUUCACGAAUCGUGUUUCGAAAGUGUCUUGUGAGACAAAUUUUGUGAAAGACUGGGUGAAAAGAAAAAACGGUGUUAUAACACAAGUGAAAAAAGAUUUUGAUGCAGUAGUUGUUCAAUUGGAUGGUAAAGAAGAGGAGAUACUUGGGUCAAGGCAAAAGGUGUUGAAACUAGAUGCAAAGCUAAGGGAUUUGGAGAAACUUGUCAAGGAGAAUGAUGAAACCAUUAUUGGUUUGAAAGAAGAAAAGAGGGAGGCCAUCAGGCAGUUGUGCGUGUGGAUCGAUUUUCAUCGUGGCCGGGCUGAUUAUUUCAAAAAAGCCUUCUCCGAGCUUGUUGCUAAGAACCAGAGACUGGCUUGA